ACUACGUCUCCAACAAAGUCUAUAAAGAGACACACAGAGACAAUCAUAAACAAGUAAAAUGACCCAAAUUUUUCAUUCUUUGUUAGUCUUUUCGCUAUAUUUUCUGUGUUUCUCUGUGGCAAAGAAGCAUAACCAGAUCACCAAACUCAACAAAUUGACCGAGUCAAGAAGAUCCAAGAAUCCGCCAGCUGGGGAAGCAUGGACAAAACAAGAUACAUCAAACUUCUCUCCAGUACUUUCUAUUGAACCUCAACAAGGAUCAAAGGAAGCAGACAGGGUUGAUAGGCUUCCAGGUCAACCACAAGUGGACUUUGAUCAUUUUGCUGGCUAUAUAACAGUGGAUUCAAAGGCUGGAAGGGCAUUGUUCUAUUACUUUGUUGAAUCACCUCACAAUUCAUCAACCAAACCACUCCUCCUAUGGCUUAAUGGAGGACCAGGAUGCUCGUCCUUCGGAUAUGGAGCCAUGGAAGAACUUGGGCCCUUCCGUGUCAAUAGCGAUGGAAAAACACUCUACCGCAACCACUAUGCAUGGAACAAUGUGGCCAAUGUACUAUUCUUGGAGUCGCCAGCUGGAGUGGGAUUCUCGUAUUCAAACAGAUCAUCUGACUACACCACAGGGGACAAGCAAACAGCUAAAGACUCAUACACUUUUCUCAUCAACUGGCUUGAAAGAUUCCCGGAAUACAAAACCCGAGAUUUCUUUAUUACAGGUGAAAGCUAUGCAGGUCACUACGUACCUCAACUCGCAUCCCUCAUUCUCUCAGAAAACAAGAAGACAAACGGAACAGUCAUUAAUCUUCAUGGGAUUGCAAUUGGGAAUGCUUGGUUAGAUGACGAUACAGUUUAUCAAGGGAAGCUAGACUACUUAUGGACACAUGCCCUAAUGUCCGAUGAGGCAAAUGCAGGAAUUAAAAGGUACUGUUACAAUGUUUCUGGUUAUUCUCAAGAAAAGUGCUAUCACUAUGUAAGUCAAGGAUUAAGUGAAGUUGGUAGAAUUGAUAUAUACAACAUCUACGCACCACUCUGUGAUGGCACCACACAAAAACUUGAGUCCAUUGGAUCUGUAAAGAAUUUUGAUCCUUGCUCUAGUCGUUAUGUGUCUUCAUAUCUGAAUCGAGCAAAAGUGCAAGAAGCUCUUCAUGCCCGAAAUACCUCAUGGUCACAUUGCGGCGAUUAUGAUUGGACAGAUAGCCCAACGACUGUUUUGCCUACUAUCAAUCAGCUAAUUGCAUAUGGUAUUAAAGUCUGGAUAUACAGAAAUCGAUUUCCCAAUGAUUAAUGCCUUCGGUAACCAACACAAAAACACCCCACAAUCCUUUUCGUUGUGAAUCUGUUGUGGUACGUCUGGGUCUUUUCUAGGGUCAUCUUGAAGCUCUCAAAUGGGAUUGAAUCAGUGAGUUUGGUAUUCCAGUAGUUGGAUCCCACCAGCAGUUUGUGGAUGUGGGCUCUCAAACCAAUAAACCAAUCCUAAAUUUCUGAACAGUAGCCGCCCUUCCAAUGACUAUCGUAUAUAGUCAUUUUGAAUGUCUUCAAAUCCAAAAAGUGCAAAAACUAAUGAGCUCGUGGUAUGUUGAUUGAGAUGUAAAGGUACAAAAAAAAGUUAGAAAUAAUUAAUUAGUAUAGAAAUACUCAGAUAAUGUGAUCCAAACAAAAUUAUGUCGUAUCACACUCUGCACAAGCUGGGUAAACGGAUCAGUCAGCCAUGUCACUCCAGUCAUAUGCAUCAGUGUUGAAAACUGUUAGUACCAUCGUCCACCGAGCAUCAUCUGCUCUACACUCUAGCAGCAAUGAGAUCCACAUCAUAAUGUGUUGCCAGUUAAUUUUUUGUAGUAAAGUAAGUAUUAUUAUUAUUAGAAGAGUAGUAUUUAAUAAUCAAAUAAUUAUAUUACUUACAUCACAUGACAACCAUCAUCCAUGACUAUCUAGAUAUAACCGUGUCCAAAGCUUAAGCGUAACAAUACCGGUCAAACAAUUGUGAACACACAAGAACGAACCAUCCCAUUAUUUAUAUAUAAUAUGUACGGUAGGAUCUACAAGAUUGUCCAGUGGUGCUGGUUGUUUCCGUAUAACACCUUUCCUUUUCAUUUGUUUCCACGACGACUUAUACCAUAUGAACAUAAAUUUUUGGCAUUUAGAAUGCCUAAGAAGUGCUUGCCCCGGUUUUUGUAAUCAUCCUACGAAAUCUCUAUUACAUCCGAAGGGUGAAUAACCGGAGACUGAUGCUCAGGGCCGACAUUCAGCGGUAGUUCAAGGCCGACAUACAUUGGCUUUUCAAGGCUACGUAAUACAUAAUCAUGCUCCCAUAACUCAUUGUCAUUGUAGUAUCCCGGUACAGUUCAAUAAUGUAUACUUAUAAACGAUGCAAAAACAUAACGACCAAAAAUGAUGAAAUAAUUAAAAAUGUAUCUCCAUCCCCUUCAAGGUACCAACAUCAUCUCCGAGAGUCUUGUUGAUAAGUUUUAGAACCAUGGAUAAAGUAGCCUCAUGCUCUACUAAACGCUCCUCCUAGACCACAAUUGCUUGCGACAUUGAUGAACCUCAUUUUUCAAUUGAUCGAACUCGUUAUGCUUGUCACUAAUAAUUUGGUCCUUGUCAAUUGAUGGGUCGGGGGCGGCGGCGGUGGUGGUGGCGGGUGAGAUGGAUCAUCUAUUCGUGCCUUCCUUUCUUGAUGCUCAUGGGUAGGGGAGUUUUUGGGUGAUGUUGUUAGGGAAGGUGCCCUGUGAACUUUAGGGUCUGAAAAAUCAAGGCGAUCAAUCUACGCCGAGCUAACAACCCAUCGUUCAAAACGCAUCUCAUUUUCCGUCACCUCCAACUUCGGUACGAGUCUAAUACCAUGCUAACAAAAUUAUAAAAUUAUAAAUAAACAAAAAUUAUAUAAUAAAUAAAUAUUUAAAUAAUAAAGUAACAAUAUGUCGUCUAUCAGUAAAAACUGGUUGUAGUAGUCUUUUGUAACGGCUUAAGUUUUCACUAUGCAACAGCCUGAGGGAUCACAUUUUGCUGUCGGGAACAAAAUAAUAUGCUCACCGAAAAAGUCUCAAGAAUCCAUAUCUGAAUGUUAGUAAACAAAUAAAUAAAAAGUAGUUAGAAUGUUAGCAAAAGAAAAUAAAAAAAUAUAUAUAUUUUUCUAUAUAUACUUACCUUAAAAGGGUAUAAAAACCCCUGUACGGUCUAUGUAGGGUUUAGGUCAAUUUUUGAGGUUCAUUGUCUUUCGGAUCUUCUAGAUGUAUAGGCUUCUUAACGUUAUUGAAUACAGUAUGUAGUUGUUUGUACAAUUGAUCACAAAUUAUCCUCCCCCAUGGAUAUCUACCACAUGAAAAAUUAUUUAAUAAUUUAAUUUCUAAAAAAUAUUAGUAACGAUAGGAAAUUUAAUUAACCAAUAAUUAUAAAAUAGAUGACAUUAUACAUGUUGAUUUCAUCAAGGUUGGAUAGCAAAGCGAAGUUCUCUUCUGUAACAGGCUGUUUAGCCAAACGUCAAUUGACACCCUUCUAUAAGAGGUAUAGAAGACAUACACGGACUGCAUCCUCGUCCGAUAACUCAUUAUGUGAUUGUCUAAACACAUUUGUAACAUGGUGUAAUAUAACCGAGACAUUCGGUAGGAUAGGAAAGGAAUGGGAACAAAAGACGAGGCCGGAUGAAGAAAACCGAAAGCCGGUGAUGACACAAAAUUCUUUCUUCCGAAAAGACAGCUCGUAACCCCCAAUCUCAAAAACCAUUUCCUCUACUUGGCUUCGAGGGCCAGUGACAACUUUGUGGGAAAAGACGUAAUGUAGAAGCGAAGCAUCCCCAUCUACAUUAGGAAUGUCUAACCACCUCCCGAAACAUGUAUUCUGGAACAUAGUCUCGCAUUCGGGACUAUUUCUGAAUGUCACAAGGAUUUGCCCACCGAUUUUUGGGUUUACACAAGAGUGUAAUUGAUGCAUCGACAAUCAUGACACAAAUAAAAAAGGUGUUAGCACUUCAUUAUAAAAUGGGAAUGACCUAUAUUCUGGACCGGUUCCAGACCCGUACUUCAUGUUCCAGAGACAUUCAUCUUGUUCCAGAAUGCUUCUUCAAAUUCCGAAGCCUUUCGGAAUGACAUUUUAAGAUCCGAAACACGAAAUUUCGAUGUACAUCAACAAUAACUAAACAUCUAAAAUACUUUUAUGUUGGUUUUACAAUAAUGAAAUCUUAAAUUUUAAACUCCAGAACAUUUUCAGUUCAUUCCAGAUGUGACCUACUACAUUUGGAACAGUAAAUAACAGUAGAAAACGAAGAACAUACCCGUAAAAUAACGGGAUCGUAGUUGUCGUCUUCCACUCGAAGAUGGGUGUCGAGUCGGAACAUCGUAAUCUAUUCGGAACAUAGGAAUUGAUUUGGAACGUUGGAAUCAGAAUAUGCCUUUCCAAAAUGAAGUUGUCGCCUCAAAUUAUAUUCCAGAUUUUGAAAUUCAAGAUUCUGAUUCGGAACAUAUACGGGUCCUCCAGAAUAGGAAUUUCGGACCUAGUGAAGUGGGUUGGGCCAUUCUAAAAUUAAUCUGUAAUUCAUUCCAGAACGGCCCAUUUCGGAAUAUGUGGUUAUUUUGCAAAAAAAAAAGGUUAUAUUUAAAAAAACCCCCCAAAAAGUGGUUAGAUUACUCAAUUUCCCUUCUUUUAAAGGCUAAACUAAUCUUUGUUAUUAGCGAAUCUGGUGUGAUGUCAAACAAAAAAGGAUGGGUUACUCUUUAAU